AUGAAGGGUUUCAUGGCAAUAUCUAGCGUUUUAGCCUUCAUCGGCCUUGCAAUUUGGCAGACCCAGACCACGUGCACUGCAGACGAUGUUUUUAACUCGAUCACUGCAGUUCAGCAUUACGCAGCGGAAAUGCAUGCACUUUCAAUGCGACCACAGAGGAUUCGUGACAGCACAGCUGGGUUACCUCUACGUGGCCGAUGGACGCGAAUUCUACGAGCAAAAUGGACAUGGAAAAAAGCUGUGAAGAUGCAUGGAUAUAUUCUGCAGGCGCAGCAGGGUUCAGAGGCAAUACAGAGCUAUACAGCUGAGGUCAAAGAAGCAGCUCUAUCAUGUGCAGGCCGCAUUGAUACAGCUUAUGUACCGCUGGGUGAGCAGCUUCAAACUCUGCUCCAGGCUUACCCCGACACGGCUUAG